GGGGAGCAUCAGCUCCAACCCUGCAGUGCCCAAUCACAGAUGCUCCCAGGCAGGGUUGUGUUGUCUCAUGCACGGUGCUUUAUUAAUAACCCUGGUUAAUUAUAUGAAGUCCUUGCCCUGCCAUGGAGCCGAGGGGCGGUGGAGCAGAAGGGAACGGGCUUUGUCCCCCCGCCCAGCCCGGGGGCGGUGCGGCACGGCCGGAGCUCCCACCCGCACAGCCCUCGCUCCUCAUCCAGUGUCCGCUGGAGCGGGGCAGAGCCAUCGUCCCGCGGGGCUCGCAGGCUCCCGGUGCCAUGCAGGGUGUGCUGCUCUGGGCGGGCUGGCUACUGGCCACCGGCUGCCUGGUAGGAGCCACGGGCAGCUGCUGGCACCGCUGCUGCCCCGGCAGGAACAACGCCUGCUGGGCCCCCGGCGCCCGCAGGGCUCGCUGCUACUGCGACUCGUACUGCCAAAGGACGGGAGACUGCUGCCAGGACUACCUCACCACGUGCCGCCGUGCCGCGGUGGGCUGUGCUGUGGGGCCCUGGGGGCCGUGGAGCGGGUGCAGCUCCCCGUGCGGGGUUGGCAGCAGGGCCCGCAGCCGCCAGGUCACUGUGCCGCCCCGGCACGGGGGGGAUCCCUGUCCUGACCUCAAGCAGCGCCGCGGCUGCCUGGGGCAGCACCCGACCUGCGGGACAGCCAAAGCUGCUCUUCUGCCAGAGGUAGCCAAGAUACUCCCCAAUUCCUUCAGCCAGGACUUCAGAGAUCCCUGGCGAAGAGCUGGGCUGCCACUGCCAGAGGAGCCCUCUGGGUAUGUGUGGAGUCGGGGCCCCUCUGUAACCCUCCUCCCCAAAGCCGGGACCCCCCUGCACCCCCUGCGGUCAUGGCCUCUUUGCAUCCUCAGACCCAGGGCCUUUUUGCUUCCCCCAGCCAUUAUUCUCCCUGCCCUAAACCAUGGCCCCAUUGCACCCCCAUACAAAACCAUGGCCCUCUGCAUGCCCCACAGAACCACCAUCCUACCCACCCUCCAAACCAGGAUCCCUCUGCACCCCCCCAGAGCCAUUACCCUUCUCACCUCCCCAGCCGAGGCCCCUCUGCCACCCCCCGAAACCUACAUCCCCUUUAUACCCCAAUCCAUCAACAAACCACCACAACCUCUGCCCUACCUUCCAACCACCAUUUUCCCUCUUUUCUGCUCCCAUUUUCCCCCCUCCCCAGCUCUCCCCUCCGCAGCUACUGCGGCUAUUUCCGCCUGACGCAGGUGGGAUCCCCGUGCCGCGGGCGCACCUGGAGCCGCCGGCUGCAGCGGG